CAACCACAGAUCGGGUAUAGCGUAUCAAAACAAGAGUUGUGAUUGCGACGAGUUUAUGAGGAACUAAAACAAAAAGCACAGGAGGCUUUUUCGUGUAGUUAUUUUGUAUUCAGGUGGAUAUGUGCCAUAUCAUGCUCCUCGUCCCUCCACACGCCCUCUAUUAUGUUAAAUCAAUGAUUUAACAUGAGCGUAGUACGGAUCGCGCGUCGUUAAUGUUUAUGCCUUUUCCCUCUGGUUUGCAAAGUUAAUAGUAGUGGAAGGGGGCUGGUGUAUCGCUGUAUGAGGGAGGGGGCUGUGUGGUCGUGGCACAGCUUUGAAGAUCAGUCAUCAGAGCGCAGGGACCCGGGGACGGACACAGAGCAGGCAGGAUAAAUGCUCGUAUGAGACGAGCUGAAAUCUGUGCGCAACUGGAUGAGAAGGAGAGAAGUGGGGUCCGAAUGGAGCUUUAAAUAACAGGAAUAUUACAUGCUGGGUGUUUUCUCUUAAAUGGAUUACCAAAGGACUAUGACAAACAGUCGGAUUGAUCCAUUCAUGAGUGAAUUUGGAUACUUAAGGUAACAUCUCCACUAGUGUGAAACAGGAAGUGUCGUCUGUGAGCAGCCAUGGGCCAGAGAGCUGUGCUUCUGCUCAGUGAGCUGCUGCUGCUGCUGCUGACAGCCUCACGCACUCUCCUCGCAGUCAGCUUCCCCGAGGACACCGUACCCCUGGAUGUCGUUGACGCACACUUUUCACGGAGGUACCCUGUGUUCAGAGGCCGGCCCUCUGGCAACGAGUCACAGCAUCGCCUCGACUUUCAGCUCAUGACCAAGAUACAGGACACGCUGUUCAUCGCUGGCAGAGAUCAGGUGUACCUCGUCAGUCUGAGAGAAUCCUACAGGAAUGAGAUCAUCCCUUACCGGAAGCUUACAUGGCGAUCGGGCCAAGUCGACAGAGACAUGUGUGCUGUCAGGGGAAAACACAGAGACGAGUGCCACAACUUCAUCAAAGUGCUGGUCCCCAGAAACGAUGAUCUGGUGUUUAUCUGUGGUACUAAUGGCUUCAACCCAAUGUGCAGAUACUACAGGCUGGAUAACCUCGAGUUUGACGGGGAGGAGAUCAAUGGAUUGGCACGAUGCCCGUUUGACUCCAAGCAAACCAAUGUAGCCCUUUUCGCUGAGGGGAAGCUGUAUUCUGCAACUGUAGCCGACUUCCAGGCCAGUGAUUCUGUCAUCUACCGCAGUAUGGGUGAUGGAUCGGCCUUGAGAACCAUCAAAUACGACUCCAAAUGGCUGAAAGAACCUCAUUUCCUGCACGCAGCGGAGUACGGGAAUUACGUGUACUUUUUCUACCGAGAGAUUGCUGUGGAGCAUAGCAAUCUGGGCAAGGUUGUGUAUUCUCGCGUGGCCCGCAUCUGUAAGAACGAUGUCGGCGGGUCACAGCGGGUGCUGGAGAAGCACUGGACGUCCUUUGUGAAGGCGAGGCUGAACUGCUCGGUGCCGGGGGACUCCUUCUUCUACUUUGACGUGCUUCAGUCAAUCACUGACAUCAUCGACAUCAAUGGCGUCCCCUCCGUGGUGGGUGUGUUCACCACGCAGAUGAACAGUAUCCCCGGUUCAGCAGUGUGUGCCUUCUCCAUGGCUGACAUAGAGAAAGUAUUCUGGGGCCGCUUCAAAGAGCAGAAGACUCCAGACUCUGUGUGGACCCCAUUUCCUGAGGAAAAGCUGCCCAAACCUCGGCCCGGGUGCUGUGCAGGUCACGGUCCAGCUGCGUCCCUUAAGAGCUCCAUUGAGUUCCCGGACGAUACCCUGCAGUUCAUCAAGUCCCACCCUCUCAUGGACACAGCCGUGCCUUCUAUCGGGGAUGAGCCGUGGUUCACUAAGACCCGCGUCAGGUACAGACUGACAGCGCUGGCUGUGGACAAUGAAGCGGGACCUCACAAGAACCACACAGUUGUGUUCAUCGGGGCCGAGUCAGGGGUUGUCCUCAAGGUUUUGGCUAAGACCUCCUCUGCGGCCCUGAAUGACAGCCUGCUUCUGGAAGAGAUAGAUGUCUUCAACAGGGCCAAGUGCCUGUCUAACCGUGAGGAUGACAAGCGUGUCCUCUCCCUCCACGUGGAUAAAGACGCACACAGCCUGUAUGUCGCCUUUUCGAGCUGUGUCAUCCGUAUUCCCCUGAGCCGCUGUGAAAGGCAUUCUGCCUGCCACAAGUCUUGCAUCGCAUUAAGGGACCCUUACUGUGGCUGGAGGCCUCAUGGAGCCUGUGAGAGGAUUCUGCCUGGAGUUUUGACUGGGUAUGAGCAGGAUGUUGAAUCUGGAAACACCGCCCACCUUGGAGACUGUCAUGCGUUUUUGGGCACUACAUCAGCGCCAGAUUACAAAUCAUAUGGCGACCCUACCUCUGACAUGGAGUUUUCAUCACCGCCAGUCACUGUCCACCCCAGUGGGCCCAUACUUCCCCCAGUACUCAUACCCACUCAGAGCCCCAGCUCUGAGCCUGGUCCAGAGCUCUACGGCUCAGGCUUUGUGCUGCAGGAUGACCCAGCCACCUCCCAUUCUUUAGACUCUUUCCCAGGGGGCCAAGAGGGUGUGUGGGAUAUCCAGGCAGGUGAGACCAACCAGAUGGUCCACAUGAACAUCCUCAUCACCUGUGUGUUUGCUGCUUUUCUCAUGGGUGCACUUCUGGCUGGUCUUAUUGUUUUCUGCUACCGAGACUCAUUUCUCCGUAAGCCAAGAAAUGUCCACAAGGAUGCAGAGUCAGCGCCAUCCUGUUCAGACUCUACUGGAAGCUUCGUCAAGCUAAAUGGUCUCUUUGACAGCCCUGUAAAGGAGUACCAGACCAACAUUGAUUCUCCCAAGCUGUACACCAACCUGCUGAGCAACAGUAAAGACCUGAACUCACCCAAUGGGGACACCAAGACCAUGAUCCUGCGGGAUGGUUGUCAGCCCCCAGAGCUUGCUGCCCUGCCUACACCUGAGUCGACUCCUGUGCUUCAGCAGAAAGGACUACAGCCCAUCAAAAACCAGUGGGAGAGGGCUCAGGGGAAGGCCGGUGGUCCUCGCAAGGAGUCCAACUCAGCAAAGAGUCCUCAGUUCCUUCCUUCUCCCGUUCCUCCUAACUCCAACUCCAACCUCCCUCACCUCGCCCUGGGACACUCCCACAUACCCAGUGCGGUUGUCCUGCCUAAUGCCACACAUGAUCACCCUGACUUUGAGGAUGGGGAUGAUACACUGCCACGUUCUUCAGAAAGGAAGUUAAAGACCCCAGAUUCUAAGGGAAGUAGGAAAGACCAGAAGAGGUCUGUGGAUGCCAGGAAUACCCUAAAUGACCUUUUAAAACAUCUCAAUGACUCUGUGGCCACCCCUAAGGCCAUUCUUCAAGACGGAUCAGGGCCCCGCCCUAGGCAACACCUCACACUGGAACCCAUGGAGGAACUGACUGAAAUGCCCCCUAAGGUGCCCAGUCGCGAGGCUUCCCUGUACUCCCCCUCCUCCUCCUUACCCAGGCACAGUCCCACCAAGAGGGUUGACGUGCCUCUGCCCUCCACUCCCACCACGCCCACGGGCAGCCUGAGCAUGGGGGGAACACUGGAGAGGCACAGAGGGGGGUACCAACUCCAACGGAGUGCCUCUCAUAGGCACUCCUUAUCCACCUCACCAAAUGGGGUAACAAUGGGGGUGUCUGUGUCUCGCCAACACAGUAUGAACAGAGGGGGUUACAUGCCUCCAACACCCCCCUCCAGACUUGACUCCCACAGCGGGGUAAUGGGGGCAGGAAUGCACUCUGCCCACCCAUCUUCUGUACCCCGACAGGGCAGCUACAACGGGCAUUGUUCACUCCCUCGCACGGGGGUUAAAAGGACCCCUUCGCUAAAGCCAGAUGUGCCCCCUAAACCCAAUGGGUUUUCACCACAAACUCCACAGAUGCGAGUGGUCAACAAGUACAGUUAUUAAAGGAACAUGAACUUAUCUGAGUGAGCGUAUAGCCCCGAGUGCUUGAAGGGGGGCUUUGGACGGGGUAGGCCUGGUGUGUGUUUGUGUAUCGACUUGAGGUUUGUUCCCCCUUUAAAUGAAAUGCACAUAUACUCACUCUAAAAAGGGAAAAUCACACGUGGCCAAAGAUACUCCUUGGAGCUUUUUUGCUCCCUACGUCCCCAUGUCCCUCCAUUGUCUCGGUAGCCAUGGGAUAUACACAGUGGACAAUAGUUAAUCCGCUGUUCUAAGUUGUAUCUGGGCUUGGUGACACCUGUUCCAAUAUUAGGUACGAGGUUUACGACACAGACGCUGGGCCCCGCCAGUGCGUGUUGUACGAGGGUCAAAACAGAGAAAUACUUGAAGAAUGGGUCUCAUUUGUCACUGCCCUUGAGCACUGUCUUCCCACUAAUGUGAACUGAACAAAGAGGAGAGGUAGGCCAUGCCUUCACUUGCAAGAUGGUUGGGGGCAGAGGAGAGGGAACUCAAAAUUUGAAAACGUGCUUGUUGCUUUAGAAACAUACGACUGUGGACAGCUGUAUGAAGCAGCAAGCUGACAGAGAGAAAGAGUGCAAAUGAAUGUGUGUGCGUCUGUGCGUAUGUGUGUGGCAUGCAGGUUUGUGUUUAGGAAGUACACAGAUAAGGCCUUUAUAUUUGAUUGCCAGGAAUGGUAUCAUAUGCCAGAGGAUGCACCUGAAGAUCCGUCUAAGACCUAAGUCACUGUUUCCCAUUUUAACUAUAUAAUCUCUACUUUGCUCUUGUUUAAAUCCAUCCGAAACCAAGCCUUUUGCCACUCUGUUGUGAUUUUAUAAUAAAGUUAGGCUGAAGUGAAGUUGUUCAUCCUGGGUUUAUACUGGGACAGGGACUCUGUAUCUCACUGGGAAAUUUAACUAAGUACAUUUACUGCUAACGGUUACAGAAAAAGGUGUAUCCUCGAUACGUUUUCUUCUCUACCAGACCUCAAUUGCCCUUGAUGUGUGUGUGUGUGUGUGUGUUUGUGUGUGUGAUACAUUACAGAGGCCAAGAUGUUCAAUUUUCAGCAACCAAACACACUGUCAAGACUGAAACAUGGGGGGAAUGCUUCUCUCCAGGACUGAAACCUCCUCUAACCUCCACUGCCCCCUUGUAGGAAAUAGGCUGGUGGUUCAAGAGACUUCUUUCUUUAUGUAGCAAUGGUAUUAGUAAAAACAUAUUCAGUUCUCCUCUCAUUCUAUAAAGGAAUUUUGAACAUAUUAUUUGCCUUUAUAACGUUUACUGUGUUAUUUAAAGAAUUUUUCAUUUGAAACUAAAGCAACACCAAUGGUUUAACUCAAUUUAAAAGGAACUCAACAUUUCAGGGCACUUCUGUUUGAACUUGUGUGAACCCUAAUAGAAGAACAGGAGAAAAUUCCCCCUGCAUUAAUCCUGUUAAAAGGUAUAUGAUACUGACCCGAGAACAAAAUGGUGGAUAUAACACCUCUGUCUUCUGCAGCCUGUGUUCCCUGUGCAGCUUCCCCCGUGAGUGGCCAGUGUACAAUCAACACAACAAUUACCAAUGUGUCCAAACGAGUCAUGCUGGGAAUGACAAGAUCCUGUAUAUAAUUAAAUACUAUAAAUAAGGAGUAUAAAUAUUUUUAGGCAAGUGAACCUGAAUCUGUGCAUUGUGUGCCUUAUUCACAAAAUAAACUAGUACAUUAUAUAAUAUUGGCAAUGUCAAUUGGUCCUCUGUAUGUUAUUGUCAUAUACUAUAUACACAUUUUUUAUAUGAGAUAAUUCAAAAUCAGCAGGAUGUGUUGAAAAAUCACUACCUAAUCCAAACUGGAGUGAUGUGGAAACAACAGAAAAACAUUCCACUUUUGAAUUUUACUGAAGGAUAGUCAAAAAAAAAAAAAUCUUCAUUAUGAGUAUGGAUCAAUUUUCUCCUUUACUGUCGGUGUUGAAAGAAUGGGUGUCAAUCCAGCACAUAGAGGUGCCAUGCUGUGAAUGUAUUUUCUUGACAGUGGGAUGUAGGGUGGUUAGACCUUGUACUGUGGAGCAGUCAGCUCAACGCAGCACAUCCUGCCCACAGCCAAUGUAUCAACACAGUGUUCAUGUGAAAGCCGCCUGUUGGCAUGGGCGGCGGUCAUGCAGAAUCUGUAGUGACAGGAAUUGUUUCCAUUGGUCAGUAGGGACGCUUGGGGGAUCACAUCUCUUAGCAUUGGGUUCAUUAUAUCUGCAUCUGCAAUCCUAUCCGAGUGUCAGUUGCCUGUUAAGCCCAAAGCCACAUUUUGUUUACAAGUGAUGAUUGUAUGUAAAGACUUUCUGCCUGUCAUCUAACCAGUGUUUGGGCUCUUUUUUCUACUCGAUACAUGCACACUGACAUCACAAACAUACAGCCAACACACACUGCUCAACUGCCUUGUACAUUGCAAUAUGAACUGGGUCUUUCUGUUGCAAUCCAAAUUGAAGCCUUUAUAUUUCAGUCUGAGCUUGGUGUGUGUGUGCAGAUAAACCAGAUUUUGUCAUGUAAUUUUUGAUUUUAAUACUGUGCAACAUGGCGAUGCAAGGCCAGCUGUAUAUAUGACCUCCAGAGUAUUUGAGCGUGUAGAUAUGUUGUAAAAUUGUACUGUGAAUGUGUAAAUAAUAAUGAUGGUCUUUGUUUCAUGAUAUCUUUUGUUGAUUUUUUUAACACGGCAUGUAUAGUUGAAAUAAAACAUUAUGGCACAGAAAGA